UUUGUUUUUUCCUUUUUUCCUUUUUUUUUUCCUUCUUAAUUUCUCUUAUUUUUUUUGGUGUCAUCGGAAGAUUUUUAUUAGAUCGAUUGUUUGGCCACCGUUCGCUUCCUCUCUCUCUCUGCAUUGUUCACUCAUCAAAUGAAGUGCUAUUAUUCAACACACUCAUCGUUUUCCUCAGACUCCAAUACACUCAUCGUCGUCAUAGCGUAUGGAAGGCAAUGAUAAAACCACCCAUAAGAUUCUAGGGUUCGACCUUUAGAGUUGUUUAAUGUCGAGUGGAUAUGAAUGUUCAGCUUUUAUUAUUUCUUAUUUAUUUAUUUUUGACUGAAGAUUAAAUCAGCAAAUUUUGCUUGAAGCAUUGUUAUGGAUUAUUACAAAGUUUUGGAAGUGGAUUAUGAUGCAACUGACGAGAAUAUCAGAAUAAAUUACCGAAAGCUUGCACUGAAGUGGCAUCCUGACAAACACAAGGGCGAUCAUUCUGUAACUGAAAAAUUUCAAGCCAUCAAUGAAGCUUACACGGUGUUAAGUGACCCUGCUAAGCGACUUGACUAUGAUUUAACCGGAAACUAUGAGAUUGAUAAGUAUACUUUGCAGGAAUAUCUAACGAGAUUUAAAGGGAUGAUUCUAACUUGCAACGGGCUUGGUAUUAGUCACACAGCCAUUUGGUCACAGCAGCUGAUGGAAUCUAAAGAAUGCACUGCCACUGAGAAAUAAGAUUUUGUUUCGUCCCAUCUUGUGUUCGAGAUAUAUGAGGUUCAGAUAUAGGGCAGAUCCAAAUCAAUGAUAUGAAAAAGAAAAAAAAAACUUUUCGUAUACUAUUUAUAUUAAGUGGAUGGUGAAUGGGUGAGAUCAUUGUUUGUCAUCAUUAUAGUAUACUAUUGUAGUACCGACAGCCCUGUUAUUAGUUUAUUCAGUUACAGCAUCUCAUCUUCUGGAAUGUAAACAAACACACUGAUAUUGUGGUUAGACUUGUGUAUGCUUUGUUCACAAUGAUUGAGCAGGGUCAUGGUGAUUAAGAUUUGCUGUGAGGUUGGAUGUAUCAUGGGAGGGAAUAGAAUAGUAUCCCUCAAUACUCAAUUCCAUUUUGGUUAAGGCAACUUAAUAAAGUGUGCUGGUUAUUAAAUGUGGGAGAGUUAAAGGGUAGUGUAUCCCUCUCAUACAAGUGCUUUCAAGUGUAUGCAACACUUAUUCAACAUAUCUACUUCUACGAUGCAAUACUCAUGUAAAAUGCAAUAGUGUAACGCCUUUAUUUCGAAUGGCUUGUUUGGCUUC